AUGGCAGCCGAGUUCAUGGAUCUCCCUUUGGUGUCUGAGGAAAACCAACAGGCACAGAUUCCAGCAGCCGACCAGGAGACAAUCGAUGGUCUCAAGCUGAUCGACAUCAAGGACACCCCAGUGACGUUUGGGAAAACCCAUCUGGGCAAAUCCCACGAGGAAGUAUGGCACUCAGACCCGGAGUGGGUGAAAUGGUUCAUGAGUCACUACCAGAAGAGCACCCGAAUGGAACACCGUCUCAUGAUCAAGUUCAUUCAGUUGAAGGUGGAAGAGAGCGAAGCCGGGGAAGCCAAGAAUCCUCAGGCUUGUAUCAAGCCAAAGGGACUUCCCAAAUCCCUGGCUGCCAAAGCCAAGAGCAUGCCCAGCCCAAGCAAUCACUGGCAGUUGCCGGUGGAACCAGAGAUCGAAGCUUUCGAGAUGAUGUCCGAGGGACUGAUGCCGCCGCAUCCGGAAACCACGGAACUGGCAGAGAAUGUCCAUGCGCUCCAAGAGAGAAUGCUAAACUUGGAGAAUGCCAUGCAGCGCAUGAUCGCGCUCAUGUCCCAAAGUGCCAACCACCAGAUGCAGAACACCCAUGCCAUGCCGACCCACGAGACUGCACAAGUGGAGUUCGACGAUCCCUGGAAUCCAUAG